UAACUCCAUGAAUGUUGAAGACUCAACUCUUGGAUUUUGAUAAGGCCUAAGGGUACUAGCAGAGCUGAAGGAAAAAGAAGAUCGGAGAGAGACAGAAGCCCGUCUUUUGUUCUUGUAGCUUUACAGGACAACCCUGGCGGCUAAGGGGGUGGAAAACCAGGAUUUGGCAGAAGAGAAGAGUGAGGAAGCUUCUAACCAUCUUCGAUCUAUCUGCAGCCUAUCCAAAACAUCAACACCGGAAAGCCUCGCAACUUUUUUCAUUCCCGUCGCACUGACUUUGUGGUGGUCGCAUUUCCUGGUGCAGUUAAGAGAUAUCGGUAAAUUUGUUCUUCUGGAGACAACAUAAAUGGACCCCAUGGCUGAAGAGCAAUUAGACUACGGGGAUGAAGAGUAUGGAGGAGGUCAGAAGAUCCAGUAUCAGGGUGGUGGAGCAAUCUCUGCACUUGCAGAAGAGGAGAUGAUGGGGGAAGACGAUGAAUACGAUGAUCUCUAUAACGAUGUGAACGUUGGUGAUGGUUUCCUCAAACUGCAGCGCCCUGAGGCAAUAGUCCCGUUAGGUGGUAUUGGGAAUGGUGGAAUACAAGCUCAGAAGACUGACGGUUCUAGAUCAAGGGUCCCCGAACCUGGUGGAUCACAAGAGGUAAGCAUCCCAGGAGUUGGUUUGGAAGGGAAGGGUUCCAAUAUGGUAACUGGUUUUUCUGAGCAGAAAAAAGGAGGCUUCUCUGCUGGUAAYGGAUUGGAAGAGGGAACUGGUGAUUACCCAGAUGGAGUWUCACAGAAGGGGAGGCCUUUGGAGAUGGGUCCUAAUGCUCAAGGAGGAAAUUUGGGGUUUCGAGGAUCAGCACCUAUUCCCCCGAAAGUUGGGGCUGAUCCUAGUCAGRUGUCAGGAAAAUUUGCAGGUGAAUCUUCAUCRUUACCUGAUUCAGGCACCGCUGGUCCUARAAGUGCUCCACAGAUGCCAUCUAAUCGAAUGAACAUGAAUGUUAAUAUGAACCGCCCAAUGGYKAAUGAAAAUAUGAACCGGCMAGCGGUAGAGAAUGGUACGACCAUGCUUUUUGURGGGGAACUGCAUUGGUGGACUACUGAYGCUGAGCUUGAAARUGUGCUAUCUCAAUAUGGGAGGGUCAAGGAAAUCAAAUUCUUUGAUGAAAGRGCUAGUGGAAAAUCCAAAGGCUAUUGCCAAGUUGAAUUCUAUGAUCCAGCUGCUGCAGCUGCAUGCAAGGAGGGGAUGAAWGGACAUGUUUUCAAUGGUCGAGCUUGCGUGGUGGCUUUUGCAUCUSCACARACWCUGAAGCAGAUGGGKGCYGCUUAUCUAAACAAAACCCAAAUGCAAUCUCAGUCUCAGCCACAGGGAAGGAGAUUUAUGAAUGAUGGGGUAGGGAGGGGUGGUGGAAUGAAUCAUCCAGCCGGUGAAGUGGCAAGAAAUUAUGGCAAGGYUCCAUGGGGUCGAGGGGGUCAUGGAAUGAUCAAYAGAGGUCCAGGGGGUGGAGCARUGAGGGGCAGAGGUGGGGCUAUUGGAGCAAAGGGCAUGGUUGGAAGCACUGGGGGGAUUGGAACAGGUGCCACUGGAGGACCUUAUGYACAAGCUCUURCUGGUCCUGCAUUGGCAGGUCCAGCUGGUGCAAUGAUGCAUCCACAGGGUAUGAUGGGUGCAGGAUUUGAUCCAACAUAUAUGGGUCGAGGAGGUCAUGCAGGAAUGUGGACUGAUACAAGCAUGGCUGGAUGGGCAGGAGAAGAUCAUGGGAGAAGGACAGGGGAAUCAAGUUAUGGCGGUGAUGAUGGARCAUCUGACUAUGGUUAUGGAGAGGCAGGUCAUGAAAGAGGAGGGGGACGGUCUAAUGCUGCCACACGGGAGAAGGACAGGGGUWMUGAGCGUGACUGGUCAGGGAAYUCUGAGAGRAGGCAUCGUGAUGAGAGGGACCAGGACUGGGACAGGUCUGAUAGGGAGCACCGGUACAAGGAAGAAAAAGAUGCUUACAGGGAMCAUCGRCAGCGAGAACGUGACUGGGAUAAUGAGGAUGACUGGGAUAGGGGGCAGAAUUCUUCUAGGUCUCRCAGCAAGUCCCGGAUGAUGCAAGAAGAAGAAUACAGGUCUCGRUCAAGARAUGCAGAUUAUGGGAAGAGACGRCGUCUGCCAUCAGAGUGACACAAUCUGGUGGUUCCUGCCAACUUUUUGUUGGAAGUAAUUUAACAGGUCUUUUGAAAGUCACUGGUUUCAGACUUGCUAUCGUGUUUCAUCAAUGGCUACAACUUCGUUGAUCAUUGCACCCUUCUGGUCUUUUUGGCCUCAUGCAGGAGUGUGACUUCAGAAUGGAAAGAGUAAGUUUUCCACUUCUGUGGCUUGAGAGGGAAGAAUGGAUUCCCUCAACUAUUGUGCUUCUUCCUAUAGAACAUSAUUAGAAGUGGCAAUUAGUGCUUGUGUGCUUAAAAACAAUUACUAGCUUUUUAGUAGCAUUCCCAUGUGGAUUUUCUCUGUGGGGAUUAGAUUUUCUCACUAUAUUGCAGUCCUGGUCUUUAACUGGUUUUACCUUUGGUCGUACCUGUUCUUUCUAUGACACAAUUGCUUUCUAGGGUGCACCCUAGAUAUGCUUGAAACAUUGGCUUUUAUAGUAAUAUGUGCAAUAAUCUUA